ACAAACAUUCUUUACAAUGCCCAAGAAAUGCCCAAAAAUGCAGGUCAUUUCUGGGCAUUUCUUUCAAGACGAACGAGCCCUUAAAUAUGGAGUAUUUGGCAAAAUAAAAUAGGUUUAUAUAGCUGAAGCUGUGUCCCCUCUUCAUAACUAUGCAGAUGCAGUAAUGGGUUAUUUUUUGUCGGAAAAGAAUUUCACUCCUUCCGCGUAGCUCUUUCAUUCUCUUUUCUCAACUUCACGCCUCAAUUUUCUUUUGUUGCUACAAUAUUUCCCUGUGGCCCAAAAGUAAUUUGGUGAGUUUUGUUUUCAGUAAAAGUCGAUAUGCAACACACUGGUGCAAAGGAUACCCAACUUCGUGAAAGCAGCAACCAAAAAGUUCAUCCCCAACCAAUGGAAGAGGCAACAAAUCAGAGCCCUGAAGCUAUGGGAGCAUUAGUGUCUAAAAUAUUUACGAACAUCUCCUCCCUCAAGUCGGCUUACAUUCAGCUACAAGCUGCUCAUACUCCUUAUGACCCCGACAAAAUUCAAGCUGCUGACAAGCUUGUAAUAUCAGAGCUAAAGAAUCUUUCUGAACUCAAGCAUUUCUAUAGAGAGCACAACCCCAAGCCUGUCUGUGCCUCACCGCAAGACUCUCGAUUAGCUGCUGAGAUUCAAGAGCAGCAGAGCCUGUUGAAGACGUAUGAGGUCAUGGUGAAAAAAUUUCAGUCUGAGAUUCAGAAUAAAGAUUCUGAGAUUGUUCAGUUAGAGCAGCAGAUUCAGGAAUCCAGCCAGAGACGAGUAAAACUUGAGAAGAAUCUGAAGCUGAGGGGCUUGUCAACGAAAGAAUCAGAAGGGAGUGGUGGUGAGUCUGGACAAUUUUCGCAGGAUUUAUCCCCCGAGCUUUUCAGGUCAGCUGUGGAAGCUGGUUCCAGGGCCAUUCACGACUUCUCUAAGCCGUUAAUCAACAUGAUGAAAGCCGCAGGGUGGGAUCUUGACGCUGCAGCAAACUCAAUCGAACCAAACAUUGUCUAUUCAAAAAGGGCCCACAAGAAGUAUGCAUUUGAAUCUCAAAUCUGCCAGAGAAUGUUUAUCAGGUUCCAGGAUGAGAGCUUCGGCAUGAAACCAGAAAAUCAGGCUGAGACGAGGGAGAGUUUAUAUCAGGAGUAUCUUAGUCUGAGGGAAAUGGAUCCGCUUGAUGCUGUGGGCCAGAGUCCAGAUUCGAUGUUUGGAAUGUUUUGCCAGAGGAAGUACCUCGCUGUUGUCCAUGAAAAGAUGGAAGCAUCAUUUUUCAGGAACUUAGAUCAGCGAAACUACAUAGUUGGUGGAGGGCAUCCGAGGACGGCCUUUUACCAAGCUUUUCUAAAAUUGGCUAAGGUGAUCUGGCUUUUGCACCGGUUGGCGCAUUCAUUCGAUCCUCCAGUUAAAGUUUUUCAGGUGAAGCGGGACAGUGAGUUUUCGGAGGUUUAUAUGGAGAGUGUUGUGAAGGAUUUCAUCAUAGAAGAUGGCGAUGAGAAACCUAAAGUCGGUCUGAUGGUAAUGCCUGGCUUCGGGAUAGGUGGUAGCAUCAUCCAGUCUCAAGUCUACCUAACAGGUAUUAAGGUAGCAGAAUGACACCUCCGUUCCUUUCCUUUCCUUCGCGUCCUGCUCAAAAAGUUCUCGAUUGAGUUGUACGUAACCCUACCCAAUGCGUGUCUCAGUUGUGUAGAACUAGCGCUUCUUUUCUGUUUCAUUCGAUGGGAAAUGCAGGUCCCAAAACUGAACUCAAGGAAAUUGUUCACUGUUUUUUUGAAGUAGUGUGUUUGUUGUUAAUGAUGUUAAAUGUAAUGUGCCCCUCAAAACACUCAACUUUGAAGAAUUGUUCAUUGCUUUUCAAUGAUGUAUUUGCUCA